GACAAUGUCCACGACAGAGCCUACUGCUGAAAAGAUCAGCGAUAUUGGCUCGACAGAUUCUGUAUUUUGGAAAUCUUGCCGAAAAUUUGAAGCUUCAUUGGGCGAUGGCGAUAAAGCAUUCUUCGAGAAAUUUCAAUCGCCGCGGGAAAUGCUCAAGCAGAUUAACCACGAUGUAUCCAAUCACAAAAUCCAGCGAUCUGCUAUAUUGAAGUGUGCUCGGAGGAUUGAAGUAGUCAGCACCAAGUUGAGCCCCUUCUUCGCGAUUGUCGAUAUUUUUGUCCAAACGAAUCCAGAAUACGCCGGGAUAUUCUGGGGUGCCAUCAGACUAGUUUUCCUAUGGGGAAGUAACUUCACUUCAUUUCUGGAGAAAACCUGCGAGAUGUUCGAGUUCAUGGUCCGCACUCUCCCCGCAUACGAGGACAUAGUGGCGGCUCAAACGAAGCUUCUCCAGAAUAGGCUCAGCGAUAGGAUGCUAGACGCUCUAUCUAUGGUUUAUUGUGAUAUUCUUGAGUUCUGUGCGCAAGUAUGUCGAAUCCUCUCACCCCACCGAACCUUUUCCAGAAAGGCCAAGAUGAUUUGGAAGUUGUCUUGGACCCCUUUUCACAUUCAAUUUGGCGGCCUGCUCGAGAAUUUCAGGAAGCAUGCACAGAUCUUUGAGCUUGAGAUGAAAAGCAUUGAUUAUCGAUUGCAGGUGGAAAACCAUCAGAAGCUUGACCACUUGACGGCGGAAAGCAAUAAAAAGCUUGAUAAGUUAAAGGCAGAAGGUAAAAAGCUCGACCGGUUGACCCUGGAAAACAACAGAAAGCUUGAUGGGCUUUAUGAACAGCUGAAAAAUAUGAGGCUGUCAUCUCAGCAUGCUACGAAUGAUGAAGCAAUUUGCCACGGGGGAAACCUUUCUGAUGGAAAGCCGGGAUACGGGAAAACAAUCUUAAGCGCCGCCCUCAUCGACCAGCUCCAGAUGCUGCCAGAUCAGCCUUGUAAAACUUUUAUUCAUUUCCACUAUUACGACACACUCAGAGCGUGGAGCGGAAAUACUGAAGCUGCUGGGGCUCUUCGGGCCUGGCUCGUUCAAUUCAUCCACGCAUAUCAAGAUAAGGUAGAUGAAGAAGCACUUGGUGCAAUGACAAUGCUGAUGAGGAAAGGAGGGAGCGGCCAGCAGCGUGCUAGUGGAGAAGAAGUAGUGGCACUGUUGAAAUGGUUUCUCUGUCGCCAUCCGAGGACGAUUAUGAUCAUAGACGGGGUUGAGGAGGCCGACAAUCCCCACGAAUUCUUUCGCCUUCUGAGCAUUCUCAUGUCUGACCCCAUCAUAGCCGCACCUUCAGACGCUAUUGACAGAACGGACAAUCCUGCAGUUCACGAAUUGCACACAAAGAAUAGUCCAGAGUUAAAGUGUGCUGCGGGAAUCUUGGUCUUUGCCCGCCCCAGUGUCUCAGUUCCAGACCAAAUGGCCUGCGAUGAAGUCACAUUUGAUCGAACUCUCAAUCAAUAUGAUAUCGAGUGGUACUUAGAGUCCAACUUGGACGACAUAGUUGGGAGGGGCUACCUGGGAGAGAUGACUCAGUCUGAAGUUGAAAAAACCAGUAAACUGAUUGUCAAUCGCGCCGACGGCAUGUUUCUCUUUGCCAAGCUUCUAAUUGAAUACUUGAAGACUGAGGGGCUUUUUGUCACUCAGAGAAAGGAAGUCUUGAGAAAAGUGGUUCUUUUUGAGGGGCUUGAAGAGCUAUAUGGAGCAAUAUUGAGCACACUACAGCGGCUCCUUCCCCCAGAAGCCAGAGGGAACCUCCAAAACGCACUUGAGUGGACCGCUGAAUCCUUGGUACCCCUGCAUUUCGACCAACUGCAGAACGCCAUAAGAGUUUCGCAGGGUUGUCCAAUUUCGGUGGACGACAUAAUACCAAACUUCCAGAAACAACUCGGACGAUUUUCUGGAGCUCUUUUAGAACCGACGGCUUCUGGAACGGUUACAUUCAUUCAUAGUACUUUGGUUGACUACCUUUACGAAGAUCGAUCAAAACAUCGGGAUGGAAACAACCACAAACACGAAUUCUAUCUCAAUCGACGUGAGACUCGAAUGAGACUUGGACUUUCCUGCACUAGUUUCUUUUCUAGAAUUGUUCCGCACGGCCCUCUGGCAAGCCAAUCUGACAUUACCCCUUCUUGUGAGCUCAUAAAACGCCAGCUCCCAAUACUCAGUUAUAUGGUGAAGUACUGGACAGCGCACAUCGAGCAGUCUAUCGCAACAUUCAUCGAUCACGCCGACGAAAGAUCUGAAAACCUAUUAAACGAUCUCAUCACAGAACUUCACAGCUUUGUUCUUAAGAAAAGGGCGGUUAUGACCCGGAUUGAGGCCUGUUGGUUAUUCCACACCGUCCCAAGUAUGGACGCUAUAUUAGCUACUUUCCGUGAGGACCGCUUUCGAAAAUCUUGGACCAAAGAUCUUCAAAACUUGACCGUUGAUCUCUCGGAGCUAUCUAAUGACGUGCAAAAGCUGAACCAGCAAUGGGAUCAUGUGCUGUCUGCACAACCAAACGAAAUCUGGGAGCCCAGUAUACCUACCCUCUCAAAAUCUCGAUUUUGGCUUGAAACAGACAAGGCCAAAAGCCAUCAGCUUGUUUCAGUCACAAAUGACGAGCCAAUUGUUAUCUCUCUGAAGUCUGAAGUUUCCACAAAUGGCCUCGAAGUCGGCCAAGUGAACCUCAUUCCGCCACAUGACUCAAGUGUCCGUCCAGACCAGUGCAAAAGUUGCAGUGGAGAAGGUCGUUCCUACGCAAACCAAACACCCCGUAUCCAUGGAUGGAAAGCAAGUUUCGAGGUAUGGUCACUCUCCACGAAGAGGGUAUUAUUUUCGGCACGUUUUGAUUUGAACCAAUAUGACGUUAGCUCUGAUAUCCAUAUCUGUAAGAAUGGGCACUAUUCUCCCUGGACUGCCAUCAAUGUUCCUCUAGCCAUAGCCGGGGACCUCCGAAGGGUCCAGAUCUCUAACACUCUUCUCACGAUCUUGGAGCUUGACGAAUCCCUGGAAUCAGAGAACGCACGCGGAUGUUCUUUUAUCAUCGAUUAUAUCGAUCCUUGGCAGGACCUUCGUCGAGAGCUUUCAAGUAGAAAUCCCAUUUCAUUCGUUCGCGGUACCAUGUUUAGCCCCCAGAGCAACUUUUUGCUGCUUGUUGACGCACACCACGGGCUAGCUAUUCUUAAAUUUGAUAAAGACCAAUGCACCGUUCUGUCCCGCAUAAAGGGUUUCGGCAUCGAGGAUAAGACUGGUUAUGUGUUGGCGCGUUAUGCUUGUUUCCAUCCUUUCCUGCCUAUCCUGGCGGUAGUCCGGUUCAGAGAUGUGUCAUUGUGGGACUUCUCACAAUCUGAUAAUCCAAUGGAGUCGUCCAUAUCCAGCUUACUGAACGGCUCAUCCUCUGAAGGUGCUGAGGAUGCUACACCGAAAAGGUCGCAAAAGCCGAAUGCCGUUGUCUUUGGCAAAGAUUCCCAAGGAGUUGCUUCUGCAUCCAUGCUCCGAGAAUUUCACGAAGAAGGGACCUUACUGCUUACCACUCUCCAGCAGGACGGAACAAUCCGGACCGAAACCCUCUCUCGUUUGCCAAAAGACUUCAGGCUUACAGAAGCGGUUGUGGCCAUGCCAUCAGAGGGCGAGAGUCAGGAUAUGUUUCGUAUCGUUAUCAAUGUGAAACCGAGGUUAAGGUACAGUAUAGCGCCUGAUGAGAAGAGAUUGCCGGUUGUCAUAGAACGCACGAGAAGUUCUGUGCCAACAUUCGAAAGAAAGCUUAAAAGAAGACUCGGCGCGGAUCCGAGUGAGGUUUUACAUAUUCUUGAAGAUGGGCGAGUAAGAAGUGAGGAUGAAGGCGAUUAG